GUUCUGCAUCGUACUAGUGCUUUUGUGAGCUACUGCUGUUGAAUUUACCCAUAAAAUCUUUAAAAUGAAGUGCAUCUUUACUCUUACUUGUUUACUUGUGCUUACGCACACCAUUCACUGUGAAUAUGAAGAUACGAUGUUCAUGGACGAAAUGAUUAAGUGUGCAAAAGAAAUGGGAAUUUCCGCAGAUCAAUUGAAGGAAGCAUUAGAAACUAAAAAUGAUGAAAAAUUAAGCUGUGUUAAUGCUUGUGCCAUGAAACACUUGGGAACAUUGUCCAAUGGCAAGAUACAAAAGGAAAAAAUCUUUGAAUUGAUCGAUAAAUAUGCAGAUAAAAUUAAGGAUAGUGAUAAACUUAAAGAAGUUGUAACGUCUUGUGCCGAUGAAGUAUCAAGCAGCGGGGACAUGCCAGAAUGUCAACUAGCAAGAAAAUUCACUACUUGCUUUGAAAACCAUUUUAAAGUAUAAGCAUUCCUGUUCGAUAGAACAUUUUUACCAACCAUGUGUACUUAAGCUUUGUGUAUACCAUGUCUGUUCGAAAGAAAAUAAUAAAGCUGAAUGAUAUUGUUUUAAACAAAA